CGCCGCUACAGCAGAGCCACGCCAGCACGCCGCUACAGCAGAGCCACGCCAGCACGCCGCUACACCGGACCGCCAGCCGCCAGGCAUCCCAGAGCCGGCUCGCCGACCGCCGUGCGCCCGUGCCCUCCCGCCUUGGCGCUGCCCGUGCCGACCCACCGUGGCGCUGCCGUGCCGACCCACCGUGGCGCCAUCCGCUUGUCCAGUAAGUUUUCCCAUUAAUCGUGCCCCAGCUUAAAAAAUUUUCUAGUUCCGCCACUGACUUCCAUGGAUACCAACCGGCGCGACAACAUCGACCACUGAGCACCGAAGUGCCGAUGCAGACGUGAGUGUCCGAGUCUAGUUCUUCUCCUUUUCUGUUAUUGUGUAAAAAUGAUAAAGCAGAAAUCACCUCUACGAAGGAAUGUUAUAUACCUGGAAGUCUAGAUCCUCUGGAGUGAGGAUUUUUAGGUUUCUAGGAUUUGAGGUAAAUUCCUAAAUAUAUUAAAUAUAAUUAAAGGUUUCAAGAUAAACUUAGAAUUAAAUGAUUAUAAUUUAUAACGUAUUGGGUCAGUAUUACUAUAAAUAAUUAUAGUUUGAUUGUAGCAGUGUAUUCUUUAUGUUUUUUUUUCAUUUUCACUUAUAAUUGUAUUUCUCAAUUUGAGUAUUUUGUUGAUUGAUUUGUUUCUAAAUUUAUAUUAUCAAUUUAUCCUAUGGAUGUUCACAUUAUAAGGCGCAAUCAUAUUGUAUGAUGCAAUUUGGAUACGUUUUGUUUUUCAUAUGCUUUUUGUAUUCAAUUUUUCUCAAACCAUUAGUAAUUAGCUGAUAGCCUGAUAGGAGGAAGUCUGGUAUGAACACCAUCAAGAAUCAAGACUUGAAAGCUUACAAACUAUAAAUAAUCCCAACCUAUGCCAAAUUCCCACAACAUAAUGUAUGCUAUAAGGAUUAAGGAGUAUAAGCCUAUAAGCAGUAAAAAUAUGAAAGCUAUGGGAAUAGACAGCUACUAGAAAAAUUUUACUAUCACAAUAUGCAGCCUAGGGGGAAAGAGGCCUAGAAAAAUUCCAUAUUAACCAGAAGUUGUCACCUAGGACCAGACAACUCAACUGCAUGUAAAUUUUCUGUGGAAUCAACAAUCCAAUCAGAAGUAGGAUGAGGAGUUAGUUCGACCUCCUGACGAAGAACUUCCCCCUUCAGCCAUGCAUCCCAUUUCUCAGUCAACCCAUCUCCUUCCAGCAUCCUCACCACUUCUGACAUCUUGGCCCGAUCCAUCGGGCUGCUUUGUGUACAAAGCAAAGCUACUUGGAUCAGUUGCUCCACUUCUCCCUCUACAUAUUUGUUCUGCAGAUCGGGGCUGCAUAUUAAGAAUUUUAUGUGUAGGGCCUCGAAAAGGCUCAAACCGCCCCUGGCCAGAGGCCAUCACUCUCCUUGUCGACCCAACCGCUGUCUGCCUGUCCCGGUUGUCUGCCGCCUGCGUCUGCCUGACAGACUGCCUACUCGCCCAGCUGAGCUGCUGAACGCGUCGGGCGUCGGCGGCGUCGACCACGUCCCAUUUCCAUGCUCCACUGCCAGUCGUCCAGUGCCCCAAUCGGCAACCUCAAUCUUGGUUUUCGCUGACUUUCUCUCUCUGACUCUUAGGGAGUCAGAAUAUGCCAUUGAUUAUGAGGUGAAGUUUAUGCUACUAGUUUUAAGCGCUCAGUAACAUAUUCAAGUCCGAGUUUUGGUUUGAAAUUUAACUUAUCUGAACCCCCGUUCUUAGAGGAUUGGAUUCAAGUUCCUCAAAGUAGCAGUUGGCUUGACUUACCCUAGAAUGGCAGAAAUAUUCGGCUAUACCGCAUGCAGACAAUUAUUGCAGAUGUUUAUUGCUAUAAUGUUUUUCCAUAUUUUUGAAUAUAUUCUUGCGGUUGCUAUUCAUGGGAGAUCUAGUGUGACUCUCAAGUCACUUUUGAUCAGCAAAAACUAUGUAUUUGCCAUGACAUUCUGCUUCAUUGAGUACCUUCUUGAAGCACACUUCUUCCCUUCCUCAAAGGAGCACUGGUGGCUAAGUGAUUUGGGCCUGGGCCUGGUUGUUGUAGGUGAGAUCAUCCGGAAGCUAGCAAUUAUAACCGCUGGUCGAUCCUUUACUCAUUUAAUCAAAGUGCGUCAUGAGGAACAUCAUAAGCUCAUUACGCAUGGACUAUAUAAGUAUAUGCGUCACCCGAGUUAUUGUGGUUUCUUUAUUUGGUCUGUUGGUACCCAAAUAAUGCUUUGCAAUCCAGUUUCAACUGUUGCGUACGCUGUAGUUGUUUGGCGCUUCUUCUAUGAAAGGAUACCUUAUGAGGAGUAUUUCUUGAGGCAGUUUUUUGGUGCUCAAUAUGUAGAUUAUGCCAGAAGAGUUCCUUCUGGAGUCCCAUUUGUGAAGUAAACACUCCCUCUCUAAGAAUUGACUUGAUUGACUUGUGAAGCCCUAAUAGACCUUUGAUUGACUUAUCUGUAACUUUACUUCCCAAUCAGCAAUUGUUUUUAAUUGGUGUUUGGGAAAUUUCCUUAAAGUGUUGUUUUUAUA